AUGGAUUCUUCCACGCAUAUCCACACCUCCUCGCCAGUUCCUAUCAUGCCUCAACCCAAUGAGGGCGCUCACUUGCAUGUGGCAUCCGUGUCCUCGUCAUCAUCCAUAUCUGACGCCGAGUCUGAGCGCAAGAGUCGGGCUGAUCGCCCUCGUCGCAUCUCCCGGAAACCCAGCACGUCCAUACUGGUGCCCCGUGAUCACCCGGAGAUUGAAAUCGAGGAGGAAGAGUUUCCACCGGACGAUGCGCGCGCCAUGAGUCCGCGCCGCAAUUCCGCCGAUCUGGAGCGACUGGGAAAAGAGGCGAGGCAGACCCUGCAAGAACAAGCCAAGUCCCUGCAAUCUUCCCUCCAGGCCCUAGCGGAGCGGAUAGAAGCCGUUAAAUCAGACCACGACAGGCUCGAAAAUGAAAACAAGUUCCUACAGGAUUACAUUGGUGGAUUGACUCGAAACAUGACCAAAAACGAAAUCGUGAGGUCGGGAACAAAGGGAAGAAAGUCCCAGAAAUAG